CAACUUGACAAACACUUUAAGCGUAAACUUGCGCUACGAACCUCGUCUCUUCUAAACCAGUCUACUCAGUCGCUUCCUCUCGACUUACACGAUUUGCUCUCUGAGCUACCAAACCUACCUAUUACAACUCAUUUCAUCAACAUCACUGCUUCAAGUUAGCCGAAAUGUGCUUCCGCACUGAGCCCAGGACCAAGUACUACUAUCACGAGGAGAUCAUCCCCGCCCGGCGUCACCACGGCCAUCACCACCACCAUCACCACCACUCCCACUCCCGCUCUCCUAGGGCCAGUUACACCAGUGUCACCCGCCGGUCCUACAGCCACAGCCCCAGGGCUAGCUAUCGCACCAGCGGUCCUGUCGCCUACGAAACUCGCUACGUCUGAGCACUUCUAAACAAGCAAUGUCAAGAUUUCUCACUUGAUGACGUUGUGCUGAAUAGACUGGUGAUGAUCUAUACUUGGCGGUUGAAAUUUAGCGGCAUUGGCGGCUUCUUUGACGUGUAACGUAAGACGCGAACAUUUAUAAUAUGAUAUUGAAUGAAUCGAGUGGACGAAUUGGACGGCGGUCAUUUUGUUAAGCUGGGCGUUUUUGUUAUCGUGGAGUAGGGCAGGGCAAGCAACACGACGAAAUGGGUUAGAAACGUUACGGACACAUAAACACGAAAGAAACAAACAUAAAGAUAUUUUGUUCCAUUUUCUU